AUGGAGUCGGGUGUAGGUGUGGACAGUGGGGUGGAGUCGUUGGUGGGGCCGGUGUUGGGGUCGGGUGGGCACCCAUUGGCAGACCCUCUGCCUCUCACUGUGACAUUGCUGUCGACAACUGUGCCAACAGUGCCAUCGCUGCCAUCACUCGCACCCAGCGAUGGCUGUCUGGACACUAGUGGUGACAACACUUGCAAAUUGGACACAAAGUUGUCGGCAAUGAGUGCAUUGACUGUCAAAUUGAAUCAAAUGAGCAAAAGGUGUGAAGAUUUACAGAAUGAGAACCAAUUGUUGCGAAGAGAUGUGAACCGCAAAGAGAAGAUAAUUAGGGUUUUGGUGCAGAAAUUGCGUUCAAAUCUCAAGUCAACUGAGAGGACAGUCGACACGAUUGAGAAGCAGUUGUUAAGUGACUCUUCACUCGAUGCUCACCGAAGACCAGACGACUUGGACUCAGAAGCAAUACUACCGCAAGACUUCUUGGACUUUGAGAUGAACCAGGAGUUGAUGUCCGAACCAUCGAUUGAUAGCAACGAUUCGCUGAGUUUGGCCGACGAUUCCCAACACAACACGAAUACUGAUGAGGAAUAUUGUCCACAAAGGAGUGGAUACCGAAGACUUACAAAAGACGGCAAAUACCGGUGCAAAUGGUUGGGUUGUGGCAAACUAUUCUCCCGUAACGCCAAUCUCACCCGUCAUUACAACACUCACUUGAGAAACAGAUCACAUGUCUGUCAGUGGACUGGUUGUGGCAAACGCUUCACAGACCAAAGUAGUCUCAAGAGACACCGUCGCAAACAUGCCGGCGAUAAGCCUUACAAAUGCUCGUGGAGUGGUUGUGACGCCCAGUUUGGACAGCGUCACCGACGUAUACAUACGGGAGAGCGGCCCUAUAAAUGUGAUUGGCCCGGGUGUGGGGCCCGGUAUAGUCAGUCGAGUCACUUAAGCACUCACAUCAAGUCACACAAGAAUGAGAGAGACUAUAAGUGUUCGCUUCCCGACUGUACGUUCGCUGGCGUCCGGAUGUCAGACCUACGCAAACACUUGCGACGCAAACACAAGUGGCAACAGUCCGACUUCGAUGACCUCGAGGACGCCAUCGACACCACUCUCGCACACACUCUCAUCCCAGACACCGACCAACUGUCUCCACAACUCUAACACACAUUCAUACCAUUCAUACCUUUCAGCUGUAUAUUCAUUGAUUGCAUUCAUUUUACCGUAUUAUAGAAGUGUAACAGUACUGUAACUGUAAUACUAUUUUAUUAUUUAUUGUAUAAUUAAUUUAUUUGAUUUCAUUUGAACACACUUACUUGUUACGUUAGUAUUAGUUUUAUGCGAAUCCACAUCAUUAUCAAUACUUUAAUUUAAUUCCGUAUUUUAAUACAUUUUUUUGUAACCCGAAUCAAUUUAUUGAUACGAAAGUUACUACUGUAUAUUGAUAUUGCACGU